AUGGUGGCUCGCAUUGAAAGUGUGGGAAAGUCUGUUCUCAGUCAACACUCCCCUGUGGCAACGAGCCCAGAGAAGGAUCACACUGCCCCAGGACGACUCCACACGGGCACAGACACAGGCAGCGGAGCGAGCGAGGGCCAUGGCGUUUCUGUUGCCGUGAUGACGACACCUGCCCCACCGCCAGAAGCGCUCCGGGGGCGGAGCUUCUUUCACUUCAGAGAGCCUAUCACAGAAAAGACAAGCGUCAGGUGUGGACCAAUCACAGAGAAGGGAAGGAUCAGGUGUGGACCCAAACCAGAGAAGGGAAGAUCAGAUGUGUCUGUGUGUGUGACACCUGGCGCUCCAUCGCUGCCCAAUGGCCUCCUCCCAGCCCAAAACACGCCUUCCUCCUCAUCGUCCGACUCCUCGGCCUCCUCGUCCGUCUCCUCCACCUCCACGACCGUGUGUGUAACUCGGGCUAGUCCCUCUGCUCCUGUCCCCUCUCCGUGCCCCUCUCCGUGCCCCUCAUCCGUGCCCCCCUCGCCGUGCCCCCGCCGUGCUCAUUUCGGUGAUCAUGGGUGGUGGGGAGUGCAGGAUGCCUGGAUGGUCCUACAUGAACCUGCAGACACACACACAGGACACCACCACACCCUGGCAGAGGAGUUAUCAGUGUAUAAAAAGGGGCAAAAAAACAAAACAGUAUAUCAAACCAUCGCUGACGACUGCGUGCCGUCUCAGCAGGAAGCCCGCCCCCCACACGCCAUAGCUGAAGUCCCCGUCUCGCGGAUAGGGGGCGCUCUCUUGCUCUGUCUCUCCAUCCGAAACUUCCUGGCAGGCGACAACAAAGACUAUGACGCUUACCUGUCCUACACCAAAGUGGAUCCGGACCAGUGGAGCCAGGAGACCAGGGAGGAGGAGCGCUUUGCUCUGGAGAUCCUCCCAGACGUCCUGGAGAAACAUUACGGAUACAAACUCUUCAUUCCGGAUCGAGACCUCAUUCCAACAGGAAGUCUCACCAAUGAGCAUUACCCGGAUGACACCCGGCUCUUUGGAGCGUACAUCGAGGACGUGGCCCGCUGCGUGGACCAGAGCAAGCGCCUCAUUAUCGUCAUGACCCCAAACUACGUGGUGCGACGAGGCUGGAGCAUCUUCGAGCUGGAGACCCGGCUGCGGAACAUGCUGGUGACCGGAGAGAUAAAGGUCAUCCUGAUCGAGUGUGCGGAGCUCAGAGGAAUCAUGAACUAUCAGGAAGUGGAAGCUCUCAAACACACCAUCAAAACCCUCACCGUCAUCAAGUGGCACGGCCCCAAGAGCAACAAGCUCAGCUCCAAGUUCUGGAAGCAGCUGCAGUACGAGAUGCCCUUCAGGCGCACCGAGCCCAUGCUGAGCCACGAGCCGGCCUUAGACGUCAGCGAGCAGGGGCCCUUCGGAGAGCUGCAGACGGUCUCUGCCAUCUCCAUGGCGGCCGCCACCUCCACCGCCAUGGCCACGGCUCACCCAGAGCUGCGCUCGUCCUUCCACAACAGCUACCACACCACCAUGAGGCAGAAACACUACUACCGCAGCUACGAGUUUGACAUUCCCCCCGGAGGCACCCUGCCCCCCCUGUCCUCUCUGGGGAACCAGCACACCUACUGCAACAUCCCACUCACACUGCUCAACGGACAGAGGCCCCCAGGAAAGAGCCGAGAGCACAGCUUAGAGGAGGCGCACGCCAACAACGCCAUGCUCCCCCUGCUGCCCCGCGAAACCAGCAUCUCCAGCGUCAUCUGGUAG